AUGGCCAACAAGAACGCAAAGUCUCUCUACGAGGCUAUCCCCGAAUGUAUUAGCGGAUGCUUCGACAUCAGUGUUGCUAAUACUGGCUGUGCCACGGACGACUACGACUGCUGGUGCUAUAAGCCCAAUCACCAGACCAUCGUUGAUACAUUGGAGCAAUGUCUCUCAAAUAAGGAAAGAAAGACGAAAAAGAAGUGUACUGAAGAUGAUGAAUUCGAAUAUGAGAAUAGUUAUUGGAAGAUCUGCGAACAAUAUUGGGAACCUUAUGGAACAGCCACCGAACCAACAUCAUUCCCAACUGCUGUAUCAUCUACAGCCUCAGGAGCGUCGACAACACUAAAGAUCUCGACAACAGUUGCCACUACGGCAUCAUCUGGAGAGACAGCCGCCGCGGACGAAUCUACCUGGACGAGCCUUGCACCAACUGAGACUGGCGAUUCCGAGCAAGCACAAGCAUCUGAAGGAGCAGACACAGUAACACGUACUCACAGUGAUUUAUCACCAGGAGGAAAAGCUGGAGUGGGCGUUGGUGUUGCACUGGGCGUUAUCUUGAUCGGUAUUGCCGUCUUCCUCUGGCUGCGUGAGAGAAAAAGAAGACGCUCAGUCGAAGAACAACUCAGAAUUGUUGAGAUAGAGAAGGCGAACGCUUCUGAAGACGGAUAUUAUGUUAGCAAGGGCUUGUACGAGAUGGAGGGCGAUCGACCUCAUGCGGAGGAACUUCGUGGAUGUAUGAGAACACCAGAGCUUGGUGCUGCAGAGAUGACAAAGUCAAGCAGCGUGACACACGUUGGACCCGUGAGUCCAUCUGAUGAUGAUAAGGAUUCGUCGUUUUCGACACGAAUUCACUCGUGGCCCAUCUCGCCUGAGAGUCCAAGUCGUCAGGAGUCGAGAGUCAACGUCACCCUCGAUACCAACAUCGACAUCCCACACAUCCAUUUCAGCAACAGUUCAUCAAUCUCUUCAAAAUUCAAGAUGCCUGGAAACCGAGACACCAUCGUCCAGCUCCUCGAGCGUCUCAAGGAGGAGAAGCACCCUGGUGCCCAGACCCUGAAGGUAUUCCUAACCACACAGAUAGCUUCGUAUGCAGCGGAACUGACCCAGUCAAAGGACUACGUCAACGAGACCUCCAACCUCAAGGACGUCAUGAUGGCGGUUGUUAAGGACAUCGUCGCCGCAAAGAAUGAUCUCGGUCUCACCGGUGGCCGUGCUGCCGGACUCAACGCUUGCCGCGAGGAGCUCUGCUACGCCUUCGACAAGCACUGCCGCACCACCGAUGAUGGCUACGACCGUCUCUACCACCCUCGAUUCACCUGCCGCAUCCAGACCUUCAAGGUUCUGUCUGCCGAGGAACAGGUCGAGGUCGUUCUCCGAAUCCCGCUUCGCGAGUACAACGACUCCCCCCACGUCCUCGAGCCUGGCAAGUGCGAGGUCUCCCUCAUCGUGAAGGAGAACUAG